UCAUUAUCUCCAACACACAUUUCGCCACAGUUUCAUGGCAAUGUCGCAAUUCUGCUUAAACCGCAGGGUGAGAUCUGUCACUCCACUAAACCCUAGCCUUCUACCGCACUCCUCCACUCAUCUUUACAUUUCAUAAAUUCUCAAAAAAAUUCUCAAAAAAAUUCAGUUUCUGGAUGAUCCUCCACUCCUCUCGCAGGUUAUGCUUGAGUUAUUCCAUGUGCGUGGCUCUGUAUAUAGUUCUGGAGUGAAGAUAUGGUCACUGCACUGCCUGCAAACAUGGAGGACAUAAUGCGACCCUUGUCGACGUACCAAAAGAUACAGGGCCAAUCUCAUCUCUUUUCUUGUAUUUCUCCUCACACACACUCUAGAAAUGCUGGUGUGCACUCUUCGGCCGGUGCAUAUGUAAAUGUAGGACUGCGGACUUUUACCAUGCCGUUAAGCCCGGGAGCUUCCAGGGAAAUUGUUUCACCAGCCUCUCCUUUUAUUAUACCGUCACCAGCAGAGGAAGGCAAAACUUUUAGCAGUUUUAUGGUGGAUUUCCUCAUGGGAGGGGUUUCUGCUGCAGUAUCCAAGACUGCUGCUGCUCCCAUUGAGAGAAUUAAGCUCUUGAUUCAAAACCAGGAUGAGAUGAUUAGAGCUGGUAGGCUGUCUGAACCUUACAAGGGAAUCUCGGACUGCUUUGCUAGAACCAUUAAGGAUGAAGGUGUACUUGCUCUGUGGAGAGGCAACACUGCGAAUGUUAUCAGAUACUUCCCUACUCAGGCCCUCAACUUUGCCUUCAAAGAUUACUUCAAGAAGCUGUUUAACUUCAAGAAAGACCGGGAUGGAUACUGGAAGUGGUUUGCAGGAAACUUAGCAUCUGGUGGCGCUGCUGGUGCUUCGUCUCUCCUGUUUGUGUACUCUCUCGAUUUUGCCAGGACACGACUGGCUAAUGACGCCAAGGCUGCAAAGAAGGGCGGUCAAAGGCAGUUUGAUGGGUUGAUUGAUGUUUACAAGAAAACCAUUAAAUCUGAUGGCCUUAUUGGACUCUACCGUGGAUUUAACAUUUCUUGUGUCGGAAUUAUAGUCUACCGUGGGCUUUAUUUCGGAAUGUAUGAUUCCUUGAAACCCGUCGUGUUAACUGGUAAUUUGCAGGAUAGUUUCUUGGCUAGUUUCAUGCUGGGAUGGGGUAUCACGAUCGGUGCGGGCUUGGCUUCUUACCCGAUCGACACUGUGCGUAGAAGGAUGAUGAUGACUUCAGGAGAGGCCGUCAAAUACAGGAGCUCCCUGGAUGCAUUUUCCCAGAUCGUCAAGAAAGAAGGAGCUAAGUCACUCUUCAAGGGUGCAGGAGCCAACAUCUUGAGAGCUGUUGCAGGUGCCGGCGUCCUAGCUGGCUACGACAAAAUGCAGCUUCUCAUACUCGGCAAGAAGUACGGAUCUGGAGGCGGCGGUUAGCCUCAAAACGGUGAUACAAUAAUGAUGAUGAUGACGACGAAGACUCUGUUCUGUAAAUAGAUGGGCGGUCGACCGCGUUUCAGAAUAAUACUCCGGUACGUUUGUAUGUGCUGUAUAAUUAAUUAUAAAUCUAUAGUUGCAAAACCUGACUUAGGAAUUUCAUAUAGUGGUUUUUCUUGAUGUUGAAUGAUCUCUUGCUUGCCCUAUUUUUGAAGUGUGAUUCAGUUGCAUGGA